AUGAAGACAGCUGUGAUCUCGCCCGUUGGUUCGAUCUGGUGGAAAGUCGGUGCCAUGACAGGUGCUAGUGGCGUCAUGCUCGGUGCUUUCGGCGCUCAUGCGCUGAAGAACCGCGUCAAGGACCCGGAAUUGCUCAAAAGCUGGUCGACUGCUGCUUAUUAUCAGCUGAUCCACUCGGUGGUGUUACUGGCUGCGCCAAUGUGUCGACACCCGAAACUGGCGGGACGACUCAUUUCAACGGGCACAAUGCUGUUCUCAGGAUCGAUAUAUCUGAUGGUACUCACGGGCGAGAAAAGACUUGGCAUGAUCACGCCUGUAGGUGGCGUCGCGAUGGUCGCUGGGUGGCUCGCCCUGAUGUUGUAG